AAGCGAAGUGCUUCCAAAAUAAAUAGAUGGAGUUUAAACUGUUUUGACCUUUGGGCAAAAUAUUUCCCCCUCCGUUUUGGUUCAUUCAGAUUCUUCACCAUCCAGAUGCUUAAUUUCCUUUUGGCACACACAUUGCGCUGAGCCUCUGGAUCAAUAGCACAAGUGAAAGUUCACACAUUCGAGUUCGCAACGUCACAGAGUCAAAAGUUGACGUUAUCUGAAAACACACACGAGCGUGGAGAUUUCAACAGAUGUUGCUAAAGCAAACAUUCUCGGCGCAUUCCCCAGCCUGAAAUGAGAAGCGACUAAGUGGCGCCCCCUACUGGCGCUACUUAUCGUCUCUAGUGAACCGUUAAGUCUCUCAAUUAACCGGCACCUUCUGUUUCCUGAAGCCUAACAUGCGGGCACACCGGAAUUUCCUCGCUCAUGGGGGACGGGCAGUUUGACAGAGGCAGCGCGAUUCACUCACAAAUAAUUGGGCACGGGAGGGAAGCGAAGGACUGCUUGUUGGAACAGUGACGUCUUCGAACCCGCAGCACGUUUCGGUUGCACCAGGGCAUGGAGCACAUUAACUGCCAAUUAGGCGACCUCCAAGCUGGGACCAUGUUAGGCAAGCAGGGGAGGCAGUGGAAGUCCAUGUGCAAAGGGCUGGUCCUGGGCACUCUACUGACCAGCUGCAUGAUCCUGCUCUACUGCCUGUCAGCCCCCCAGGUCCAAAUCGACGUGCCUGAGGUCCCAGUGCCCUACUCCUGUGCACACCGGCCAGCACGAGCACGCGCACGCGCCCUGCCGGUGUCGAACGGCUCCCAGAAUGCCGCGGGGCAAGCGGGCACGUGCGCGCCGAAGGUGGACGUCAUGUUCAUGAAGACCCACAAGACGGCCAGCAGCACGUUCAUCAACAUCCUGUUCCGCUUCGGCGAGAAGCACCGGCUCAAGUUCGCCUUCCCCGACAGCCGCAACGACUUCUUCUACCCCUCCCCCUUCCAGCGGUCGCAGGUGAAGGACUACCGGCCCGGCAUGUGCUUCAACAUCAUAUGCAACCACAUGCGCUUCAGCGAGGCCGAGGUGGCCAAGCUGCUGCCUGCCGACACCGCCUACGUCACCAUCCUGCGGGACCCCGCCGAGCUCUUCGAGUCCUCCUUCCACUACUUCGGCCGCCUGGCGCCCUUCACCUGGAAGAUCCCCGGCGAGGACAAGCUGGCCGAGUUCCUGCGGGACCCGGCCCGCUACUUCGACCCCGAGGGCUACAACUCCUUCUACCUCAGGAACCUGCUGUUCUUCGACUUCGGCUACGACAACAACCUGGAGCCGGCCGACCCGCGGGUGGAGGACAGCAUCCGGGCCAUCGAGCGGCGCUUCCAGCUGGUCAUGCUGGUGGAGCACUUCGAGGAGUCCCUCAUCCUGCUCAAGGACGCCCUCUGCUGGGAGAUGGACGACCUGCUCUUCUUCAAGCUCAACGCCCGCAAGGGCUCCACCGUCUCCAAGCUGACGCCCGAGCUGAAGGCCAGGGCGCUGGAGUGGAACGGGGUGGACUGGAGGCUGUACCAGCACUUCAACGCCACCUUCUGGCGGAAGGUGGAGGCGUACGGCAGGGAGCGCAUGGCCCGGGACGUGGAGGAGCUCCGCAGGAGGAACGAGGAGAUGGCGGCCGUCUGCAUCGAGGGCGGUCGGGCCGUGGAGGCCGGCAGCAUCCAGGAGACGGCCAUGCAGCCCUGGCAACCCAUCGGGGAGAAGUCCAUCAUGGGCUACAACCUGAAGAAGAACGUCGACAAGAGACACCGCAAGCUGUGUCGCAAGAUGCUCAUGCCGGAACUGCAGUACCUGACCGAGCUGGGCGUCAACCUUUGGAUAACCAAACUGUGGGGGCGGGUCAGGGACAUCAUCAACUGGUAGCCGCGCAUCCUGUGCCAAGUACCAAGCAGGAGCCGUGUGUGAGAACCACAAAGGGAUUCAGAGGAGACCGAUGAGAUUAAGGACUGACCUCAUUGGUGCAUUUCCAAGAGCCAAGGACCCUUAUUAGUGCUUCAGCUUCAGGACAGGCUAAAGCUGUACCAGCACUAAGUCUGGCUGUUUGGAACAUUUGUGGUUUGCAGCCAUUAACUCUGCCCAGAAUGUUAAUUGGAACGGACUCUUUCAUUAAGGGCCUGAGUGCUCUUAAUCUAUCCUCUCAGUAUUGAACAAUGCUGUUUGCACAAUGCCUUUUAUAAAAUAGGUGCUCUGGAAACUGAAGAGAAUCCUCACUGUUAAUUCUAAAUAUACUCUUUAUUUGUUUUCUCAUGAUUAGACUGUGAUCAUCCUUUUUUGUGUGUGCCCAUACUAUAUCUGUUAUCUGGUGUGAAAUGCACUGGUAUUUUUAAGGAUUUUAGAUGUGUUAAGUGGCAAAAGAGCAUGACUGGUCAGUCCAUUUUUCCCUUUUUUGUAGCAUCCCCUUCAAGUGUUUAAUUGAUGUUUUGAUUGCAUUACUAAAUCAAUGUUAUUACAAAACUACAAACCACCCAGUUACGAUCCGCUCCGUUCAUAGUUCAUAGUUCCAGAUCAUUUUUCCUGACCAUGAGUUGCCCACUAAUCUGUGUGAACAAGUCAUGCAGGUCCACCUCUGAUACUAAGCAACAAAUGUUACCGUUCAUAAUGAGAAUUCACAUGCCCCUGAUCUGUACUUUCAAAAUGAAGGUGCAUUUGUGCAAACUGAGCUACUGUGUUGUAUUGUUUCAAAAAAUCAAAAAGCAAAUAAAGAGCAUUAUUUUGAAGGAGAA